AUGACGAACCCGGCGAUAGAGCUCAUCCUCCAGGAUGCAGUCUCUAGUGGCAUGUUUCUGGGUGUUAGUUUCAUCGCGAUUGACAAGACAGGGAAUACGAUCUACUCUGGCUCACAUGGUCGGCGUACGUUUGAUUCCGACGAACCAAUGACCCUUGCCACUCCAGGGUGGCUGGCUUCUAUGACCAAAUUGAUGACCGCCGUUGCGGUACUGCACACUGUUCAGAGGGGCUUGGUGACUCUCGAUGAGGAUGUAGCAGAUAUUUUGCCCGAGCUUCGUGACAAAGAAUUGUUGACUUCCUAUAAUCCGGCAACCAAAUGCGCAAAAUUUGAGCCAUUAGCAGAGAAAAUCACCCUACGGCGCUUGUUGACGCAUUCGGCCGGUUUUGUUUACCAUUUUUUGUCUCCGGAGCUUCAAGCUUGGGCUGUCGAUAACAAUCGGACAAUAGCUAAUGUUACUGGUGAUUUUAAAAAUGAUUGGGAUCGCCCAAUGAGCUUCCAGCCAGGAGCUGGUUGGGGCUACGGUGAAGGCUUAGACUGGGCCGGAAAGGUUGUGGAAAGAGUGAGCGGGCAAUCUUUAGGCGAAUACCUCCAGCAAUAUGUAUGGAAACCAUUGGAAAUGAAGGGAGCAACGUUCCAUCCGGAGACACGCGAGUCAUAUCCCAUGCUAGAAAUGGGGAGACGCGAAAAUGGGCCUAACAGCAAACUCGUCCCUGGAGAUGGCCGUCGCUAUCCUAUACCGGCCGCGAAUGAAGCGGGUGGUGCUGGUGUAUUCGCCAGUGCGGACGACUACGCUAAGCUUUUGGCGGCUCUGCUACGCGACGACGCAAUUCCACUUGAAAAAGAUAUGCUGGAGGAGCUUGUGAAGCCCCAGUUGAAUGAUGCUGGCAAAGAAUCCCUGAAGGCCGAGCGUGAUAGGUGGGUCUUUCCUGAGAUCCCUCGGGAUGUCCCAGUUAAUUAUGCACUCGGGGGACUUCUUACUGCUGGUGAUUCACCUGGCGGCCGUCCGAAAGGUGCUAUUGCUUGGGAUGGCUUCAGCAACUCAAAUUGGCUUCUCGACCGUGGGACUGGAGUUGCCUUUGUGCUGAUCACUCAGAUAUUACCGGAGGAUCCUGCCUCUAAAGAGCUUUGGAGUAAGCUAGAGAGGGCUGUGUACGAUUCAUUGAAUGGACGGUGA